AUGAUUAUUUUGAUUGAUUCCUAUGACUCAUUCACUAAUAAUCUAAGUAGAUUGAUAGAGAGAACUACAGGAAAAGAAGUUGUGGUCAUACAUAAUGAUUCAAUCGCUAAGGAUAAAUACCACAGUUUCAUACAAGAACAUAUCGAUUACAUUGAUUAUGUAGUGAUAGGUCCAGGUCCAGGACUGCCCAAUAUUGCAGAAGACGUUGGUAUUAUACCGUGGCUUUUUUCAUUCUUCAAGAACAAUGGCACUACAGCCGUGCCAAUACUUGGAAUUUGCUUAGGUUUCCAAUGCUUAUGUUAUAAUUUUGAUAAUGAAGUGAAAAGAUUGGAUGUUAUAAAGCAUGGUCAAGUAUAUGAUAUCAUAUCCAUUGAUGAUACUGAUUUGUUGUUCCAAGGAUUACAUGAUAAGAAAGUUCCAAGUGUAAGAUACCACUCAUUAUUUGUUGAACUUGAGAACCUAAAUUCUGAAAUUGUACCAUUGGCUAUCUGUUAUGAAGAAGAAAGGAAAGUAUUGAUGGCUGCUAAACAUAAGAGUUUGCCAUUUUAUGGUGUACAAUAUCAUCCCGAGUCUAUUUGUACGCAAGAAGGGUCCACCCUCAUCAAAAAUUUUGAUGAUAUUGCCUAUGAUUUCAAUAAAUCUAAUAGAAAGAACAUAUUCGACUUGGAUAGAUCACAAUCCAACCCAAUUGUCCAGAAACUCAAAGUCAAAGUUGAUCCUAAACCUUUAAGAGAUGAAAAGUACACCAAUACUCAUGAUGAUGUAUUCGUUUACUCCAAAGAAUUACCUUUAGAUGGUAGCAAAGUUUUGGCUGUGGAUAUAUGUGAUGUGAUGAUGCAAGAAGGAAAUUCUGAUUUCAUCAUACUUAACUCAGCCUCCAUACCUGGUGAAUGGUCAAUUGUUGGUUUACCUGAAAAGGGAAAGUCCGAAGUUAUAACUCACUCCGUGGAUAAAAUCGAUCAAAUAAAGUUACUGACUUAUAAAUCCACAGAUUACCAAACAAAGUCUUUCAAUGGUCUGGUCUGGAAGUUCUUGGCUGAUAAAUUUGCUGAUAGAUAUGUCUCUAGAGAAUCAAUUAUUUCUAAAACAAACUUCAAGAAUAUUUCGUUUCCGUUUUUAGGUGGUUACAUUGGACUUAUGUCAUACGAAGAAGGACAGCACCUUUUAAUUGAAGAAAUGGGAAAGUACUGUAACAAUGAGACUCCAGAUUUGAAGUUGGUAUUCGUAGAAAGAUUCCUCCUUUUGAAUAAUUUCACAAACAAAUGGUAUUAUUUCUCCGUUAACACCCAUCAUGAUGAUAGCAAAUGGAGUGAAGAGUUUAUCUCAGGCUUAACUAAUAAAUAUAAUGCCAACAAAUUGAGAUCUUUAGCUUUAGUGAGUACUAGUGUUGCCGGAUUGACUAAGAAUGAAAUCAAAUUCGAGCUCCCUAAUGAGACAGUGUACAAAAACCAGUUUCAGAUAUGUCAAGAAAUAUUGAAAUCAGGAGAUAGUUACGAAUUAUGCCUCACCACUCCACUGAAAAUAUACUUACCUUCAGAUAUCAAAUCUUGGGACAUUUAUAAAAUUUUAUUGGCUAAAAAUCCUUCCCCUUAUUCAAGUUAUAUGGAAUUUGAAGACGUUACUUUGAUUUCCUCAUCUCCAGAAAGAUUCUUGAAUUGGAAAGGUGAUUCAAAGAAAACUGUUGAACUUAAACCAAUCAAAGGAACAGUAAAAAAUACACCAGAAGUGGAUUUGAUCAAAGCUACAGAAAUAUUGAAAACUCCCAAAGAAAUGGGAGAGAAUUUAAUGAUUGUGGAUCUCAUCAGACAUGAUCUUCAUCAAUACAUUGAGAACGUUAGAGUUCCUUCAUUGAUGACAGUUGAAGAAUAUAAGACCGUGUACCAAUUAGUUACAACUGUCAGUGGAGAUCUCGACGAUAAUAAGAAUUACCACGGAAUAGAUAUUCUACACACUUCCUUACCUCCAGGUUCAAUGACUGGUGCACCAAAGAAGAGGUCUGUUGAAUUACUUCAAAAAAUUGAGGAAAUGCAACCUAAUGCCGUAAAAGGUGGUAGAAGAGGGAUUUAUAGUGGUGUGGCAGGUUAUUGGUCAAUAACAGAUAACUCUGACUGGUCUGUUAUUAUCCGUUCAUUAUACCAUUAUACGGAUGAUUUAGAAAAUGGUAAUACUAAGUUGUGGAGAAUAGGUGCUGGUGGUGCGAUAACAGUUUUAAGUGACGCAAACGAUGAAUGGGAUGAAAUGAAAGUUAAGUUGGAGAGUGCUCUUCAAGCUUUUACCUAA